AUGUCACAUUUGGGGGGUCACAUCGAUGCGUUGAGGGCUCGCUUUGGAAAUGUUGAAAUUGUCUGCCAGCGACCAGGAGAAACGUUACUUCAGGUGGAGCGUGAAGAACUAACUCAUGGAUGCACUCUUACUCUAUACGUUGCCCUUAGCGAAACAUUCCCCAACUCGCCUCCAACGGUAGCCUACGCGGGAGGUCGAAAAGUGUCAAUUGCCCCUGAGGAUCCUGCGGGAGUGGCCGCCAUGUCGCAGGCGGUGUGGGUUCCCGGGAAGUCGCAGUUGGUGGAUGCCGUGGGGAACGCUUUCAACAACAUUGCCAACUUGUGGGGGGAUGUGGCACCACCAUCAUUGAAGGAAGUCGAAGGUGCGCUGGCGUCUAAAUCGGACUCUGUGCUCGAGGACAUUGCGUCAAACCCCAACUGUCUGGAGUCGUAUUCGCAUCAAUUGUCAUUUCUCAAAAAAGUUCGGGAUGCGCGGUUGCGUGCCGCAGACGAUGUUGAGAAGGCUUUGGAGGAGAAUAGGAGGCUUCAAAAAGAGGUUAUGAGAGUGAGGGGUGAGGUGGAAGAAUUGCAACAACGCCUUGAGGCGCAGCUGGCAACUGUACAAGAUGCGCGGAGGAGGAUACCGUUGUUGGAUGCCAUAGGAUCGCCAGAGGCUUUGGCAAAAACCUUUGCUGCUGACGUGAAGACCUUGGAUACACAGUGUGAGAAAAUAGCCAAGGAUCUCCUCGCGGUGGAUUAUAGUAGUGAUAAGCGUGAUUUUGAUACUCUAAUCGAGGAGUACAAACAGAAGGCGAAGGAGCGCCACAUCAUGGAUUUAAAGCGCAGGGCCUAUCAUGCGUCGCUUGCAUGA